GCCCCGCUCGCUUCCCAUUGGCUGCGGCGCGCGUCAAUCACUGAGGCCAGCGGGGAUCCCGCGUCACUAUUGGCUGUGUGGCGGCGGCGGCCCCGCCCCCCGGAGCUCCCGGGACGCGGUUGGGAUGCGGCGGGCGCCGCACUUCCCGGGGAUGCGCAGCGGGGCUCGGAGCUUCCCCGGCGGCGGGCGCUGAGCUCCGGGAGAGAGAUGGACACCGGGCUCGGGGCCGCGCUGGCCUGGAGCCCCGGGGCGGCCGCGCAGCCCCCGCCCGGGCUGGGGGUGAAGUUGGGGUCUCUGGUGCUGCUGCUGCUGCUGCCCCUCGCCUGCGGCCUGGCGCCCCUCUGGUGCUUCCGGCAGCCCCCCGACCCCCGCAGCCCCACGCUCAGCCUCGUGAGCUGCUUCUCCGGCGGUGUUUUCAUGGGCACCUUCCUGCUCGACCUCCUGCCUGACUACCUGGGCAGCAUCGCUGCGGCGCUGGAGGGGCUGCGCAUCACGCUGCAGUUCCCUCUGCCGGAGUUCAUCCUGGCCAUGGGCUUUUUCCUGGUGCUGGUGCUGGAGCAGGUGACGCUGGCGCAGCGGGAGCUGUCGGAGCCGCCCGAGGAGUCGCGGGCGCUGCUGCCCAACGGCUCCAUCCAGGCCGGGGUGGCCGGGGGCUCGCUGGGCUCGCCGGUGCCGGUGCCCGGUGGUCCCGGGGCGCUGCGGGCCGGGGCGCUGGCGCUGGCGCUGGCGCUGCACGCGGUGCUGGAGGGGCUGGCGCUGGGGCUUCGCGAGGGCGACGCGGCCGCGCUGCGGGUGCUGCUGGCCCUGCUGCUGCACAAGGGCGCCGUGGCCUUCGGGCUCUCGCUGGAGCUGCUGCGGAGCCGCCUGCGCCCGCCCGCCGUGGCCUCGUGCCUCGUGCUGCUGGCCCUCAUGUCCCCGCUGGGCGUUGGGGUGGGCACGGCGCUGGCGGCGGGCGCGGGGCCGCGGCAGCGCCUGUGCCGGGCCGUGCUCGAGGGGCUGGCGGCCGGCACCUUCCUCUUCGUCACCUUCCUGGAGAUCCUGCCCCAGGAGCUGGGGGUGCCCCAAAACCGCAUCCCCAAGGUCAUCCUGAUCCUCGCCGGCUUCGCGCUGGUCAGCGCCAUCCUCUUCGUCAAGGGAUGAGAUCCGCCAGCCCUGGAGAAUCCCAAGGAAUUCGUGUGCCCCCGCUGCGUCUUUUUUUCCCAAGUGCCAAAGUGCCUCUCCCGUCUCUGUGCCUCAGUUUCCCCGUCUAAACUAUCCUCUUCCUCAAGGGGAGACCUGCCCUGGGAUCCCCCAUUUUCUCUCCUGGACACACCCGUGGAUUUCCUAUCCCGCCCUGCACCCCCUUUUCUGACGUGCCAAAGUGCCUCUCUCAGCGCUGUGCCUCAGUUUCCCCAUCUGCACAAGGGAUCGGUGCUGUGACCCCCCCCUCAGGACCUCGGGAGGGGGUGAGUGUCCCCCCCCCAUAACCGCAAGUGCCUUUACGGACUCCCCCGGAUUUGGGGGUGUCGGAUGAAGCAAAUAAAGGACUGAACCCCAAAGCACUGCCUCUGCC